GGUUUCACAAACCCAUCUCCACUCUCGUGCAUACAUAGGGCUUCUCCUCUACACUAAAGUCUCCAUCCCAGACAGAGGCUUCGGUUCCCUGAGAUGGGUGAGAGUGGUGCCAAUGUCCUCCCUCAGCCUGCUUUCAAAUGCUUCGACGACGAUGGACGCCUCAAACGAACGGGGACGGUAUGGACAGCGAGUGCGCAUAUAAUAACAGCGGUGAUCGGGUCGGGUGUUCUGUCGUUGGCUUGGGCGAUAGCCCAGCUCGGUUGGAUAGCUGGUCCUGCGGUCAUGCUCUUGUUCUCCUUCGUCACUUACUACUCUUCAACUCUUCUCAGCGAUUGCUACAGGACCGGAGAUCCAGUUUCCGGCAAGAGAAACUACACUUACAUGGACGCUGUCCGGUCUAUUCUCGGUGGGUUCAAGUUCAAGAUCUGUGGGCUGAUUCAGUACCUGAAUCUUUUCGGCAUUGCAGUUGGAUACACAAUUGCAGCAUCUAUAAGCAUGAUGGCGAUCAAGAGAUCGAACUGUUUCCACAAGAGCGGAGGGAAGAACCCGUGUCACAUGUCGAGCAAUCCGUACAUGAUCAUGUUCGGUCUGACGGAAAUCUUGCUCUCUCAGAUUCCAGAUUUCGAUCAGAUUUGGUGGCUCUCCAUUGUCGCUGCUGUCAUGUCCUUCACUUACUCCGCCAUUGGUCUUUCCCUCGGAAUCCUUCAGGUUACAGCAAAUGGGUUCUUCAAAGGAAGUCUUACCGGAAUAAGCAUCGGGACAGUGACUGAGACCCAGAAAAUCUGGAGGAGCUUUCAAGCACUUGGAGAUAUCGCCUUUGCCUACUCCUACUCCGUCGUUCUGAUCGAAAUUCAGGACACCGUAAGAUCUCCACCUGCAGAGUCGAAAACGAUGAAGAAAGCAACGAGAAUCAGCAUAGCCGUGACCACCAUGUUCUACAUGCUCUGUGGCUGCAUGGGCUAUGCCGCCUUUGGGGAUUUCGCGCCAGGAAACCUCCUGACGGGGUUCGGAUACUACGAGCCGUUCUGGCUCCUCGACGUGGCCAACGCCGCCAUUGUCAUCCACCUGGUCGGAGCUUACCAGGUAUUCUGUCAGCCCAUCUUCGCCUUCGUCGAGAAAUGGGUAUCGGAGAGAUUCCCGGGAAAUGGCCUUCUCGGGAAGGAAUUCGAGAUCCGGGUUCCGGGUUUCAGAGCUCCGUACAGGGCGAACGUAUUCAGGGCGGUGUUCCGGAGCGGGUUCGUGGUAUCGACGACGGUGAUAUCGAUGCUGAUGCCGUUCUUCAACGACGUGGUGGGGAUAUUGGGGGCGUUAGGGUUUUGGCCAUUGACGGUGUAUUUCCCGGUGGAGAUGUACGUGAGGCAGAGGAAGGUGGAGAGGUGGAGCGUCAGAUGGGUUUGUCUGCAGAUGCUGAGUGUGUCUUGCCUCGUCAUCUCAGUGGUGGCGGGUGUCGGCUCCAUUGCUGGCGUCAUGCUCGACCUUAAGGUCUACAAGCCCUUCAAGAGCACCUACUGAUGAUGAUGAUGAACAAAAACAAUUAAGAAAUUGGAAAAUGUGCAUAAUGCAAUUGUUACAUUCUGUAAUCUAAUCUGUUAAUAAUUAUGAUCAAUGUUUUAUUCUCUCCA